CAAAAACUUUCGGAUCGCGAUUCUUCCCCCGUCUCUUGAACUUUUUUUUUCCUCUCGACUUCGUCCGCUCGAGCAACAACUAACCCGACCCCUCCAACGUCAACCAUCCCCCCAAGCCCGCCCAACAUGUCCGGCCCCGCGUUGAACAAGAUCGCUGCCAACAGCCCCUCGCGGGCCAGCCCCUCCGAGCUCGAGCAGAGCAUUGCCCAGGCUCUGUACGACCUCGAGAGCAACACCGCCGACCUCAAGGUCGCCCUUCGCCCUCUGCAGAUCGUCUCUGCCCGCGAGAUCGAGGUUGGCCACGGCAAGAAGGCUAUUGCCAUCUUUGUCCCCGUCCCUUCCCUGCAGGGCUUCCACCGCGUCCAGCAGCGCCUCACUCGUGAGCUCGAGAAGAAGUUCUCCGACCGUCACGUCCUGAUCCUGGCCUCCCGCCGCAUCCUGCCCCGCCCCAAGCGCUCCGCCCGCUCCCGCAACACCCAGAAGCAGAAGCGCCCCCGCUCCCGCACCCUCACCGCCGUCCACGACGCCAUCCUCACCGACCUCGUCUACCCCGUCGAGAUCGUCGGCAAGCGCGUCCGCACCAAGGAGGACGGCUCUAAGCUCCUCAAGGUCAUCCUUGACGAGAAGGAGCGCGGCGGCGUCGACUACCGCCUCGACACCUACUCCGAGGUCUACCGCAAGCUCACCGGCCGCGUCGUCACCUUCGAGUUCCCCCAGUCCGGCGCCACCGAGUACUAGACUCGUCACUCACACUUGUCGUUCGCGGAAGCUUUGUGGGAUGGUUCGCUGAGAGUGAUAGCAAAAAAUCAAGGGAUCAUGGUCGGUCAAUGAUGGGGUUUCUUUUGGCAUUUUUGGUCUGCUGCGAUGAGAGCAUGGCAAUGACUGGUUGGUCAAAAAGGGUCUGGCGUCUAAAGGAUGUAGCUUGGGCGAUUCAAUUACAGACCGCCCCCUCCCAAAAAAUGCAUAUACCACACACUUGGCCGCUCCCCUACUUUUCUGUCAAU